GUCGCAAUGGCAACUGUCCCAACAGGACGGCGACACCAACUUUUUUCAUGUUUUUAAUGUUACGGAGGCACUAUACGUCGCGGAAGAAUCUACUUUCUAAUGUGAGAAAUAAACGUUACAGAAUUUCUUCAGUCCGAAAAUGUCCCAGGGAUGUACCGUUUCUGUGGAAGAGAUCCAGUCUUGGUGGGAAGUCCCCGCCAUAGCCCACUUCUGCUCGCUGUUCAGGACAGCAUUCAACCUUCCAGACUUUGAAAUAGAGGAGCUGGAGAAAGCCCUGUCAGAACAGGACUUGGAUUUCCUUGGGGAUCUCGUUGCCUGUCUGUUGCAGGGAUGCUACCAGCGCACUGACAUCACCCCCCAGGCAUUUAGCAGUUACCUGGACGACAUCAUCAGCUACCGCUGGGAGCUGGAAGAGGGGAAACCCAACCCACUUCGAGAGGGGCCCUUUGAGAGUUUACCCCCUCGCACUCAGGUGGAACUGCUGCACCGGCUGUGUGAUUACCGUCUGGAUGCCGCUGAUGUCUUUGACCUGCUUAAGGGCCUGGAUGCAGACAGCCUGAGGGUGGAACCCCUGGGGCAGGAUGGAAAUGGAGCCCUCUACUGGUACUUUUAUGGCACUCGCAUGUACAAAGAAGAGCCAGUGAAAAAGAAAGUAGGAAAACACAGUGAUGAAACAACAGAACUAACAUUACCAGAGAAAAAGAAACGUGGAAGACCACCAAAGAAGAGAAAGCUGGAAGAUUCACCCAGUGAGGUGGAAAGUGAUGUGCCAGAGGUGAAGACGGAACACGAAUUGGAAGAUCUUCCCCCGACCACAGGCCUCAAGCGAGGCGCUUGGUCCCUGGUGUGUGAUACAGAGGAGCAGUGGCUCAGUCUGGCAGAAAGCAUCAAGGACAAAACCUCCCCACAGGAUCACCACCUCUACCGUGUCAUUAGCCAAAACUUCCUGCCUGAGAUCAGCAACAUGAUUGAGCACAAGGAGCGUGAGCAGAAGCAGAAGCUGCUGGACCCAAACCCAGUUCGCGUUUCCCAGCGGUUCUCUCAAAAUCCCAUAAAACAUGAGGAGAGGGACAAUCUCAAGGCCGGAAUGGAGGAGGAGGAGGAGGAGAAGAAAAAAGAUGAAGAGCUGGACAGGCAGGUCCUGCUGGCUGAGCAGAGACGAGAAGAGGAAAGGCUUCUGCAGGAAGAACGGCAGAGAGAGAAGCUAGAGAAGAUCAAAGCUGUGGAGGAGCGUGCAAAAAGGCGGAAGAUGCGAGAAGAAAAGGCCUGGCUGCUGUCUCAAGGAAAAGAUCUACCACCUGAGCUCCUGAAUCUGGAGCCAUCCUCUCCCGUCCAGAGAACACGCAAGAAUAAAGAAUUCUAUGAAAUUGAUGACGACUACACUGCUCUUUAUAAAGUGCUUGAAGCCCUGAAAGCCCAUAAAGAUUCUUGGCCUUUCUUGGAGCCCGUUGAUGACUCCUAUGCUCCCAAUUAUCAUGAGAUCAUCCAGACUCCUAUGGACCUAUCCACAAUUGAGAAAAAGCUCAAUAACGGGGAGUAUGUCGCUAAGGAGGAGUUUGUUUCUGACGUGAAGCUGAUGUUUGAAAACUGUGUCGAGUACAAUGGAGAAGACAGCGAAUACACUAUCAUGGCCGAGUCUUUGGAGCGUUGUUUUAGCCGAGCCUUAUUAAAACAUUUUCCAUCUGAGGAUGGCGACACGGACGAAGAGUUCCACAUCAGUCGAGAAGACAAGGAGCGCAAGGAAAGAAAACGCAACCGUAACAGCAAAGCUUUCGGGCCUGAAAGUUUGAUCAGGGCUACUGAGCAAGUACAACGUAAGCGAAGCUCACAAAAGGGCAAAAGUAGCGCAACUUCAGAGGAGGAUGCCAGGCUGGCACGGCUGCAUCCUCCUCAUUGGGCUAACGGCCCCCCUCACCCGCACAGCUUGCCUCCAAGCCAGCAGCAUAUCCGGGAAGGAGAUAUCAGGGGGUUAUACCACCCAGGGCAACAGCUCCGUCAGCCUGGUCCCCCUGGGCCUCAUGGUCCACACAUGUAUGCCCAAAGAAUGGCCAUGGAUCCCCGCUUUGCCUACCAGGUUCAUUUUUCCAGACAAGGAGACCCCAACUUAAACCAGUUGCCUCACAACUUUAACAUUCAGCAACGCAUGAUUGAGCCACACCACAUGGGUCCUAGGUAUCCAGUGGGUCCAGAUCCAAACCAGCAGCAGCACUCGUACAUGGGUCCGACUCAUGGCCCAUGCUUAGGACCACGUCCUAUGACCCUACAGCCUGGAGCUCCUCCUGAAGCCAGCAUCUACCCAUCCCACCACCGUCCAGAGGGCCACACUGUGCAUCCUAUGGGGAACAGGUUCUCAGGCCCGGAAGGAUCACCUCAGCACAACUACCCAGGCUUGAGACCUGCUGGCAUGCCACUACCUACUAUGUGGAGCGGUAUGAAUCAACAGGGGCAGGAGAGGCCCAGCGGCAUAUCUAUUCAAGACCCAAACAUGGUGAACCAGCGCAACUUUAGUUAUGGUGGAAUCCCCCCACCUGUGGGUCAUAAACCGUGGCCAGAAGCUGCCGGAUAUCCCAACCAUCCUUCCAAUGCCCAGUUUCAAAUGACUGCAGCAGCCAGCUCCCCUGGGCUCAUGUCUGCACGUCCCACUGUGCCCCACUCAGACUCCUCCGGCAGGACACGCUUGGCUUCCAUGCUGGAAAGCCCAGAGAUGCUGGCCCUGCAGCAGCUGUCAGCCUCUUCUGGACCCCCUGCUGGUGCCCCUCAUCAGCACACAGGCAACUUUCAGCAGCCUGGGCCCCCAUCAAGAAUUGGCAGCAUCCCAGCUCACCCCUCUCAACAGCUUCCCCCUGCCCCUGAGGUUCAGCUGCUGCAUCCUGCUAGAGACAAAGGCCCAGAUAGACAGCCUCCCCAGCAGACAAACUUGCACCCCAAAGGCACAACGUCAGAGAACAAGAUGGCUGCGAGCAGCAUUUCUGAAGAUGCUCCAUCACACAAAAACAUGGUUCCAGUUAACCAAGGGAGCCCAUCCAACCCUAGCCCCACAAGGCAAUACUGUGGGCUUGCGGAUAAAAUGCAGAGCCCCCCAGCCCCAACCUUGGCCAGAUCAGAAGAGAAUCCUUCUGGAUCAGCGGCCGCACAGAGUUCAGCUGAAAGCCAGUUAGAUAGUCAGGGACACUCUGCCAGUGAAAGUAAUGGUACCAUUCCUGUUUCAUCCCAUCCCAACUCAAGUAACACUGAUCCUGCUCUACCCAAUCCCCCACAGCAUAAACCAAACAGUCCACAGCCAAAUGCUCCAAGCCUUGCACUUCUUCCUCAGAACUUCCCACCACUGGAUGUUUCAGCAGCUCAGAAUUCCACUCAGCAAAUGCCAGACAACUUAAAACUCGCAGAAAGUGUAAAUCAGGAAGGCAAACCCCAGCAAGCCAUUCAAAAACAUGAGCAACCUGAGGUGGGCAGCACCUCUCCUAAAAGCCACCCUCAGAGCUCUCCUCAGCCACUGAACCAGAACACACAGCAACACAAUUCUCUGCUAACCUCUCAUCAUGUCCCCCAAAGCAUCUCACCACACUGCACUACACAAAGCAGUCCCAUGCAUGGGAUGCCACACGGUGCUACUCAAGGAGCCCAGCCUGGACCCCCACACCCAGCCCCUCUGACCUCUUUGCCACCCAGCCAUCCUGCCCCUCUAUUACCCUCUCAGCCCAGUCCAGCUGAUCUCGGAGAUCAAAGACCUAGCGAGCCUACGAGGCUGGACACGAGAAGCACUGCCAUGUCUCCACAGCACACCAGGAUGACAUCAAGUGUUUAUAAACACCCGGUUUUUAGUCCAAAUCGCCAUCAAACUCAGUUGGUGGGUAGUAAUGUGGGAAUACAGGCUCCAAGUGGGCCAUUAGAUGGGCACAAUCCAGCCGUACCUCCUCACUCGCAAGGCCCAGAAAAUUCAACUAUGAGUACUUAUGGCAUGGGGAACCCUCCACUUCCACACUACAACCGGGCAAAUAUGAAUAGGCCCAUACCUCCGUCUGCUCACCACCCAUAUCAUAACCAGUCCAUUAAUGCUCUCCACAAUCUUGCUCCCAACACCAGCUACCAGCAGCAGCAGGGAGGGUCAACCUACCCCUACCACGUGCCAGGUCAACAGCACCCUCAUGGUCAUGGCAAUGUGUACCCACCUCAUCAGUAUCAGCAGCAGCGCUACUAUGCCCAACCCCAUCCCCAAACUCAGGCCCAUAACCAAGCCACGGGCAGAGGGGGUUACCCUCCAGAGGAGUGGAAUCGGCCUCAUUAUCAGUCUCACCAGGCAAUGUCACACAAUGCCUACUUACCUGUAGCCAGUGCCAGAGCUAAUGGUCAGCUAAAGGAGAGCAGUGUCUCACCGCUGGGGUCUGAAGGCUCCAGCGGUACAAGUUUGGUUUCCCCAGGCCCAAUGCCAGAAACAGGGACUCAUCCUGGAGGCACAGAGGAAGGGAAGUGUGAAAACCAGCAAGCUGGUGGAGGCAGCAGCAUUAAUGACAGUCCAGCAAAGCGUCCCCACAAUGAGGGCUCAGAGCAACCUGAAAGCCCAAAAGAAAUCCUGGACCUUGACAGCCAUAAUGCUGCUGCUCAACGCCGUAGCAUGCAGCAUCCACAUGCGUCUGUGGCGCACAUGACGUCCGGUUUUGUGUACGACCCUCGAGCCUUACAUCCAGGAAUGCAGCAAGGUGUCGUCCAUCAUAUGAUGUCCCAGGCCCGUGGAGCUGGAAAUGGAUCCCCUUACCAACCAUACCCUGAUCCACGACACUAUGCUGCUCAGAGACCCCACUCACACCUGAUGGAAGCUCUGCAACGGCCCCAGCAGCUUCCCUAUUCCCCUGGCCAAACACGCAUGGCCAUGUACAGACACCCCCGACCCGGGGGGCACUUUCAGGGCAUGAUGAUUCAGCAGCGAGGUGUGGGACCAGAACGCUUCAUACAUCCAGGACAACAGAUGAUGGCUGCUCCAAGCGGCCUUGGCAGUAAACAGGGAUUGUGAUUAAAAGAUGAUGUUGUCAAUGAACAUCUGGAUAAACCAGUGAGCCAAACCGCUUCUGAGAAGAGGAGACACUUUUUCCGAAUAUAUUUCCUACUGAUCUUCUGCCACUGUGCAACAGUUUUGUUCAGCAGUGGAAUUAAAACUCCAGCCAGGCAGCUGGUACUACAAAGUAGAAUUAAAAUGUGAAAUGUUACUGAGCCUUGGAGAACAAUUCUCUUUCUCGUGUGCCCUCCACCGCAAGAGCUUACGGAGGUCACUUACAGAAUAGCUGUGAAACUGUUAGGAAUUCACUGACUUGCUCGAGGACACUUCAGUAGCAUGGUUGCUUCCCAGCGUGAGCAUUUGAACUUUAAACCUCCUGCAGAAGGGGCGCCCCUUUUAACCACUAUGUCAACCUGUUAAACACAGGAGACAUUGCCUUCAAGAACACUGGACAGCACUCUUCUACAUGAGCCGUCAGAUUGUAAAAGGACGGAUUAGUGACCACUGAACAUAAUGUUCUUAUCCUGUCUAUUGACUGUAGGGCAGGAUACUGCACCUACUGACAGGACUGUGAAAAAGACGAGAUGGACUGGGGGUUUUUGUUUGUUUGUUUGUUUUCUUUUUGACUACGAUUUUCUUCUCCAACCAUAUCUAAACUCAGGUGUAUAAAAGGAGGUACUAUGAGACUGUCACCCUAACCUAGUCAACUCAAAAGCCCCUGGUAGUUGCCUUGGUUUGUUUUUAUGAAUGUAUGAGUGAAUGUGUAGACAGGAAAUGCAGCGCAGCAGCUGCUUGUGAAAGAACAAACAACACUGAUCAUCCAUCUGAAGCACAAAUCAUCCCACCCAUUUCUUGUUCAUUUCCACCCAAUCUCUAAUGCUUUUCUUUCUCUGGAGCACACACACAGUAUAUGCAUCAUUCAAAGCUGCCUUCAUUUGUUUGAAUGUCUUUGAGUAGCAGAGAGGGACCGGCAAGGGUGGUGUCAAUGUUAUCUAAAUAUGUGUGAUUCUCUGUUGUGCACUAUCGAUUUCUGUCAGUCUUGACAUCCUGGAACCAAGUGGCCUUGGAUAGUCGUAUUUUAGUCGAUACUUAUUAAUGCGUAAAUGUAUCUAAGAGUGUAUACUAUAUUAAUCACCGCCCUUCACUGCACAGACUUAUUUCGGACGAUAUACUCACUGGUGUAUACACGUGCACAGAGCAAAUGCAUACACAAAAAAAUUAUUUGGCUAUUCGAGUGUCCUCCAACAAGUUUUAGUUCUUUGUUCCUUUACGGUUCCUUUGAGUCUUCCCCAUGUCAGUACUAAACAUAUCCUCAGGGUGUACAGUUUCUUUAUACGGGUACUGUUCUGAAUUAUUUGAAGGAGGAACAGCAUAAAGAAAAUGAGACUGCAGCUGUGGCAAAUCAAUCCACCUCAUGAAGAAGUUGACUUGUGAGGGUCAUUGGCCUUAAUAAUAAUUAACUGUCCCCUCUUUUUUUUUUUUUUUUAAAUAUAUUGCUUUCGUCAGAGUUAAUUGGAUUUUAAUAGGAUCUAAUUUGUUACUCUACAUUCCACUUAAUUUGAUGUCAAAUCAUUUGCCAUCACAAUGAAUUUUGGUUCUUUGUCUGCGAGCCCCACUGGGGAAGUUUAGCAAUGGCAAAAAAAGAAUAAUCUACCUCAUCUAGCCAGUCUGUGGCAUCUACAAAGUCUAUCCACUUCUUCUCGUACUCUGCCAGACUCCUGCGGGGUGACGUUCUGUGACCAGCAUGAAUUGAUGUUAGCACCACUUUUAGAUCUCAUGACUGUAGAACUGAGAAUGAAAUGGCCUUACAUUGCUUUACCGUCUUUGGUGGGAAAUAAAAAGCUUGUGUGUCGGAUCUCUGACUAAUUAUGGUGCUCACUGACGACCUCAAGUAGAGGUGAUUACUCGGCUGUCUGCAGGUGCUGAAGCGUCCACUGUUCCAUGAUAUUGCACCUUCAUUCUUAUCAUUUUUAAAAAAAAAUAUUAUUAGAGAAUGAUGGACAAUAUUUAGUAUUUUAAGAUGGGACUAUGUCUUAACUUCUACAGAUCAAACGCCAUUCCACCUACAGGUUGUGGGCAGUAGUCCAGUCUAAGGUCUGUAAUGGGCUGUAUACAGUUUGGCAGCAUUAGAAUGUCUUAAAUUAUAGGACGUUGUAAUGAAAUAUUCAAGAAAAGAAGCUGGGUCGGGGAAAGCUAGACGCUAUGAGACAAUUUUGUAAAUGUAUCACAGAAGACCUGUCAUAGAUGAUUUGCUAUUUUGUUAAAAUAGGCAGUAUUAGUGAGCUCAAUGGGGCCACUAAGGAGGUAGUGUGUUCACUCGUGCUGUCUAAUGUAUGAAGGGCAGUUUGUUUUAUUUUUUAAUAAGGUCUGUAAGGUUGCGAUGUUAUCUUAUGGUGUACAGGUGUGUGUGUUUGUGUGUACAGAUGUUUUUUCUCUCUUUUCUUCUGGUGCAUACAAUCGGCACCAGAUGACUGGAAGUGCGCGUUCAUCUUUCACUUUACUCUGCUGUCAUCUCUCUGCACUAGUUGUAACCCAGUUAGGCGUGAUUAAAUGUGAAUCAUAUUUAUUUGCUGUUUUAAGAAUUUUUGUACAUUUUUGGACUUUGUUUUAAUAUAAUUCUGGUGUCUGUCUCUUUUUCUCUCAAUGUUUUUGAUGUUUUUAAGCAGUCGUCUUUUACCUCAGUAGCCAUUGGAGAAGAAAAGACCUGUGUCUUUCAUUUUGAAGUGACGUUUACAAGUUCUUAUCUGACUGACAUAGAUUAUUUUGGAAAUGGAAUGGAG